GUUGCUAGGCUGCCCCGGAAUUAGCCUUUUGUUUACACAUGUCUUAUCGUUGUUGAAACAAUCGUGAGGAGAAACUAAAGCAGCAUUGUUGGACUUUUUUUUACUUCAAAAUGCCUUUGUUUGGCAAUACUUUCAGUCCCAAGAAAACCCCUCCUCGGAAGUCUGCUUCCCUUUCCAAUCUACAUACAUUGGAUCGGUCAACACGGGAGAUUGAACUAGGUCUGGAAUAUGGAUACCCGGUGAUGAAUCUUGGCAGCCAGAGCUUUAAAUUUGAAGAUGGCCAGUGGAUCUCAGAGUCAGGAGGUAACGUAUCAGGAAAAGAGGUACAGCGACUGAAGAAGAGGAAUCUACAGUUAGAGGAGGAGAAUAAUCUGCUCAGGCUAAAGAUUGAGGUUCUUCUCGACAUGCUGUCAGAAUCAACUGCAGAAACACAUCUAAUUCAGAAGGAACUUGAAAAUGUGAGUAGAAGAAAGAAAUAAUGGAAGGAAAUAAAGGAGAUUUUCUCUUCUCUUUAAGUGUGUGUGUAUACAAAGAAUUUCCAAUAAAAUUCAAAGAACUAUUCUAAGACAGUUUUUAAAUAUAAGUUUCAUUUACAUAAUUGAUUAUUUAUCACACUUUGUACAUUUCCUUUCAUAUCGUCUUUAUAUAAGCAUCUUUUUUGUGCAUUUUUUUUUUACAUUUUGCCCUUAAAAAUCUAUAAUGUGUUUUAAAAAAAACUACUAUUGUCAUAGAAACAUGCUGCUGAAUUCAACUAAAUGAUUUCCGAUUAUAUAAAAAGUACUUGUCAUUUUUUAGCCAGUUAUUCCAUAUCUUCAUUCCUGUGGCUUUAGUAUGUGCUCUUACAUGACAGUCCCAAAACCUUUCUGAAUGUGUAUUCACAUCACAGGAAACAAUCACACUCUUUCUGGUUCCACAGUAAGAUUAGCCAAGAGCUGUAAAGGUUUUAACGUGUACAUGCAGAUUUAAGAGGAUUUCUUAUGUGUUUGGCACGUAUUGCAUGGUUAAGGUUGUUUUUUCUUUUCUUUUCUCUUCUUGUCUUUUCUUUUUACAUGAAUACAUUUUGUACUGAUUUUAUGCCACAGUGUUAAUUCCAAACAGUGCAUUAUUUCCUUGUUUUUCUUUUAUUUAAUUGAACUUCUCUAAAGUGGAUCUUGUCGAAACAAACAUUUCAUAUAACAUUUUGUUGUGAACUCCUAUUCCAUAUUUCCAAACAAAAAAAUAACACUUGCUAUUGUAUCGCAUUUAGUUUUCACUACAUAACUAAACUACUUAAAUUGA